AUUGAAAUGGGUUAGUAGGCAUUGGUUUUUGGGUUGACGAUUUGGAAAUGCUAAAGUCGAUGUCUUUUGGACUUUGUACUGGUAUGAAGUGUAGAAGUGGGUUAGUAGGCAUUGGUUUUUGGUUUGACGAGAAGCAAUCUACUAGCUGAAGUGUAGAAGUCAGUUUCAUAGAGAUGUACCUAAGGGCACCUGUAGCAAGUGAAGAACCCCAGGUAAAUGAUUGGAUUAAAGUGCG